GGCCUCGCGAGCGGAGUUGCCUGUCGACCUCGCGUGACCCGGUGACCCCGGCUACCUAGGUCGCCCCGGCCACCAUGCCGCGCUCCUUCCUGGUCAGGAAGCCGUCCGACCCCCGCCGGAAGCCCAACUAUAGCGAGUUGCAGGACGCGUGUGUGGAGUUCACCUUCCAGCAACCCUACGACCAGGCCCACCUGCUGGCCGCCAUCCCUCCGCCCGAGGUCCUUAACCCCGCCGCCUCGCUGCCCACCCUCAUCUGGGACUCCCUCCUGGUGCCCCAAGUGCAACCGGUUGCUUGGGCCACCCUCCCGCCGCGGGAGAGCCCCAGGGCGGCAGAGCUGACCUCGCUGUCCGAUGAAGACAGCGGCAAAAGCUCGCAGCCGCCCAGCCCGCCCUCGCCGGCGCCCUCGUCCUUCUCCUCCACUUCGGCCUCAUCCCUGGAGGCCGAGGCCUUCAUCGCCUUCUCUGGCUUGGGUCAACUGCCCAAGCAGCUAGCCAGGCUCUCGGUGGCCAAGGACCCCCAGUCCCGGAAGGCCUUCAACUGCAAGUACUGCAGCAAGGAGUACCUCAGCCUGGGCGCCCUGAAGAUGCACAUCCGAAGCCACACGCUGCCUUGCGUCUGCGCGACCUGCGGAAAGGCCUUCUCCAGGCCCUGGCUGCUGCAGGGCCACGUCCGCACCCACACUGGGGAGAAGCCCUUCUCCUGCUCCCAUUGCAACCGAGCCUUCGCUGACCGCUCCAACCUGCGUGCCCACCUUCAGACCCACUCAGACGUGAAGAAGUACCAGUGUCAGGCGUGUGCCCGCACUUUCUCCCGAAUGUCCUUACUUCACAAACACCAAGAGUCUGGCUGCUCCGGAGGCCCACGCUGACCCUCUUCUCUCUCCAUCCUUUCUGACAUCUCCCUGGUUCCCUGGAGCCGGUCCUCACUGCCAAGCCUCCCUCUGGACAUCAUCCGUCCAGCCUUCAUCCCGGGACCUGUGGAGGCCGUGUCUGGCCCUGCUUUCUGCUUGGCUUUCUUGGCCUUUUCUCCAGAUGACAGAUGGAAGGCAGAGCGCCUUGGUUCCCUCCCAGAGCCACCCCUCAGUAUUCGUGAGGUAUAGCCUCUGGACACAGCUGCUUCGAGCCAUAGGACUAAAGCCAACCCACUGGCUGGGAAGCUUGAACCCCACUCAGGGGACCCCUACUUCCCUACCUCCCCCAAGGACCCUUCAGGCCAACUUCCUCGAGGUACAGCAGACUAUGCAAUAGUCUCCCCCUCCCCCAGCUGCAUCCAUGCCCCAGCAGGGUGGUUGCUGGACACAUGUCCAGGUGCCCCGGGCAGCUGUUUGAGCCCCACCUCCAUUUGUCCUGGUGACACCUGUUUCACAGCAGUUUAAGAAGGGACCAUGAGUAAUGGCCGUCACUUGUUAGGGGCCAAGUGGGGGGCUUCAGCCUGGCCAAUGUGUCUCCCAGAACUAUUUUGGGGCCCAACAGGUGGUCCUGGGAGGAAGAUGUUUACAUUUUAAAGGUAUUUAUAUUGUAAGCAGCAUUUUGUAUAGUUAAUAUGUACAGUUUAUUGAUAUUCAAUAAAGUGGUUAAUUUAUAUACUAAAAA